AUCCCAGUAUAUGAUUACAGAGUGAGGGGCUGAGCUUUAUACAGAACAUCCGUUUUCUCUCUAGUGAGUAGCACCAGUUAUAAAAAUUUAGAUUGUAACUCUGACUUCAGCUUCCGAGCAGAUAUGUCCACCUUUACUGCUGUGGCACUCCUGUUUUUUCUGGCCAUCCCUGAGGGUAUCAGUGUGGGGGACGGAGGAGUGAUUCUGCGAUGUGAGUGUAUCUCCAAGGAGAACAAGCCUAUUGGACGUUACAUAGCAACGGUUAAGGUGAACCAUGCCAAUUCCCACUGCGGUAACAUCGAGAUAAUUGCCACUCUUAAAUGGGGUGGGGAAAAGAUCUGUCUGGACCCUGAUGUUCCAUGGGUCAAAAAAGUGCUUGGGCAUAAAACCACAUUAGGCAGACCCCUUGAAGAAUAGCACAUAACAGACUGGGAUCAGAUGAACAGGACACAUUUUCAUCUCCACUGAAAUCUCAAUGUGGACACAUUUAUGAAGCACAGAGAGCUUGUUUUGCAUAAUGGGAAGGGUUCACCAGGCAGCUGUGAUAUUCUAGAAGUUGUGCCUAAUCAUCUCCACAACUUUUCAAUUUACCAGCGAGAAAGGAAGAAGUGGAGACACAAACCUAUAGGUUAUAUUCUGAAAAAUUUGUUAAACAUUAUAUGUCUUAUUACUUUAAAGAAUCUGUUUUUAUAAGCACUUAACACACCAUUUUUACUUUGUAUUACUGAAUUAUAUAUAACGCAGGCUAAAUGAAAAAGCUGUUUGAAAAAACAACUGUUGAAAAAUGCACAAUAAAUAAGAAUGAUCUUUUAAUAAAAUGAUGUUCCAAUGAUGUAAUGUUAAACGCAGUGGACUAUACAUGCACAAACUGCAUGACAGAAUGAAAUUCAACAACAGUGUCUUUGUAUAUUACCAAUAUUCAUGUUAUUUUGUAUUAACGGUUAAUAUCUGAAUUUUCUCUACAGUGGAGAUUAUAAAGAUAUUUUAAAUAAAUCCCAUGUGAUGUCAUGUAAAUACCAUACAUAUAUGUAUAUUUGUUUAAUUUGAUAAUGUCUAUAAUAUUAAACUUGACAUUUUCAGGUUGGACUUCUGAGGUCAGAUACGAUCUCUGUAUUUUGUCUCUUGAAAGGACAUUUAGAGAAUAAUUCACCAAUUUUUUCAAAAAGCAUGCUGUACUAAAUGUUUGUCUGAAAGAGCAGUGUCCUUCUUUGUCCCUUCACAUUUUUGUAUGCCCUGCAUGAUAAAUACAUAAACAUUAUGUGACUGCC